CAUGCUUUCGAAAGGAAAUUGUGGUGGGGACGUGGGUCAUCUUAGACCUCAAGAUAAUUUAUCAACAAUGAAAACUCCUUUAGUUAAAAGAUUAAGAUUAGAACCUUUUUUCGACUGGAAUAAUCUACCACCUGAGAUCUUAGUAAAAAUUUUUCGUCAUUGCGUAAUGACAGAAGGCCAUUUAUCUCUGGCAAGAUUGGGAGCGGUCUCUGAAAAUUGGAGAAAAAUUAUUCCAACACCGUCUCUUUGGAAUUCUGUUGAUUUCGUAAAAGGUUCCGAAAAUUUUACUUCAAAGGAUUUAGAGUCAGUUACCAGGAGAUUAUGUCGUUACAUACACAAUUGUAAAAAGAUAUCCUUUAAUUCUACCUUGUCCAAUAUCAGAUUUGAUAGUUUGUUGCCUUUUUUAAAAAAUGUAACAGAGAUAUCUUUUAAAGGUUGUCCUAAGUUAAAACCAAAAGUUUUAGUCACUUUGGCCCAGUCAGACAACGCAAACACCUUGGAUUCAAUAAACAUUGACGGAACAUUCUCGUAUCGUGUUUACAACAGACAUAUUACUACAUUUGUUUCAAACGUUCUACCUAGAUUAAGAAAACUGAAUUUUGCGAAUAAUAGAUUCGACGGUCCAGCUUUACAUAUGCUUAUUGAAGGACUUACUGAUUUUUGUCCAAUAUUAGAAGAAUUGAGUUUGGAGAAUUGCUUUUGCACGAGCGACUUUGAUCUGAUUCCGAGAUUAGAGUAUUUAAGAAUGAAGAGAAAAUGUCUUGCGUUAAAGAGUUUAAACUUGAACCAUACAAACGUAAUGUUUUACCAUUAUACUUCCAGCGAGAGAAAUGCAGAACUUGAGCAGACGACUAACAUGUUUGAUUUGAAAGAAUUUCGAAUGGCAAAUUCCAAUAUGCUGCAAUAUUUCGAAACGGCAGAUGCACUCACCGAAUUUAUUGGAGAUAUGCCGAACUUGGAAAUAUUAGAAUUAAGCCGUUUGAAGGGAAAUAACAGCUUCAAAGUACUUUAUUAUUACAAAAGUAAUAAAAUGAAAUAUUUAUAUUUAAGAGAAUCUUUAUCUGGUCAUCUAAUAAAUGAAAGAGAGUUGAGUGAACAGGCUGCAAAAAUAUUUCGUAGGUGGUCAUCGACUCUUAUCGAAUUAGAUCUCUCUGGAAAUAACUUGUAUGAUUUUAGUUGGGCAGUAAUUUUCAAGAGUUUCGGAAAAUAUUCUCCGCUAACUAAGCUUAAUUUAGCUAAGACAAAUGUCGUGUCAGCUGGAGUCGAAUUUAUAUUGAGAAGAUUUAAAAAUCUUAGAUAUCUCAAUUUGAAACUGUGUAAUCAUCUUAAGGAACAUAUGAAACGAGAAUAUCACAGUAUAGACCUAAGAGAGGCUAGGAAGAACUUAAGACGGUAG